AUGCUGCCAAAAAGAACAAUGAUUACAAAUUAGUGUGCUAUUACGCCAACUGGUCUAUUUAUAGACCUGGUGUUGCAAAAUUUACUCCUGAAAAUAUUAAUCCCUUCCUCUGCACUCACCUGAUCUACGCAUUUGCUGGGAUGAAUAAAAACUAUGAAUUCAAACCUUUCGAUUCAUAUAAUGACAUACAAUUAGGAAAUUAUGAGAAAUUUGUAAAUUUAAAAACAUACAAUCCAAAACUGAAAACGAUGAUAGCUAUAGGAGGUUGGAAUGAAGGAUCAAAAAGAUUUUCUCAGCUUGUUGAAUCGAGUUCUAGUCGCUUACGCUUCAUCCGAAGUGCUGUCACCUUCUUAAGAAAGCAUGGAUUCGAUGGACUGGAUCUGGAUUGGGAAUAUCCAGGGUCACGUGACGGUGGGCAAGACACUGAUAAGGAAGGGUAUGCAAAAUUAGUUCAGGAACUGCGAGAGGCCUUUGAUGAUGAAGAUGUUCCACGGGGAAAAUCUAAACUACUUUUAACAAUGGCCGUGCCUGCUGGACAGCAAUACAUUGAUAAAGGAUACGACAUACCCUCCCUAUCCAAAAAUUUGGAUUUCUUCAAUAUGCUUACUUAUGAUUACCACACAUCUCAUGAGGCAACGAUAAACCACCAUGCACCCUUACGUGUCAUGCCGGGAAAUUUGGAAGAGUGGAAUCCAGAUAACUUUCUAAAUAUCGAAUGGAGUGUGAAGUACUACAUCAAAAAAGGUGCUGAUCCAAAGAAAUUAGUUCUGGGUAUUCCGACCUAUGGUCGCUCCUUUCAAUUGGCUGAUCCGGAUGAAACGGAUAUUGGAGCUGCUGCUGAAGGUGCGGGAGAAAAAGGGGAUGCUACGAGAGAAAAGGGAUACCUCGCAUAUUACGAAAUCUGUCAGAAGAUUCAAGAAGAGGAUUGGGAACUAGAAGCUCCAUACCCUAACAUCAUGGGCCCAUUUGCCUACAAGGACAACCAGUGGGUCGGAUUCGAUGAUGAGGAUAUAAUUAUUGAAAAGGUAAGAUUUAUAAUGCAAGAGGGCUUAGGAGGUGGAAUGGUAUGGACUCUUGAUAAUGAUGAUUUUAGAGGCAAGUGUUAUGGUGAGCAAAGCCCUCUUAUAACAACGCUUAAAACGGCCCUCGAAGAAGGGCCAGCGUUACUAGCGCAAACAACAACUUCCGCUCCUAAACGGCAAACUGCUGCAAGAACCAGCAAACGACAAGAAAGUAAAACCACCGCUAAGCCUACAAAAUCAACAACGCCACCUCCAUUUACAACUCCUGAUCCUGGAGCACCAUUUGAAUGUGAGGACGAAGGCUUCUUUAACAAUCCAACGGAUUGUAAGAAGUAUUUUUGGUGUUUGGACAGUGGACCAUCCAAUUUAGGAUUGGUUGCGCACUCUUUUACAUGUCCAUCGGGACUUUUCUUUAACAAGAAUAGAGAUUCUUGUGAUUACGCAGCCAAUGUGGUUUGCAAGGUUAAAAAAGCAGCAGCAACGACUACAACUACUCCUAAACCACGACCUCGCCCACGUACUAGAAAACCAACUACUACGACCACUACCACGCGUAAGCCGAAGCGUACAAGAACAACUCAACCUCCAAAAGAGAUACCAAAUGAUUUAGAUUCAUUCAAACUUCCUGUUGAUGGUGGAAACAGUCAGAAUUUGAUGGAACUGUUACAACUUUUACAGCAAUUGAGUGGAAAUCAAAUACAGGAUAAACUCCAUCGAGGAGAAUCCAUUGAAGCAACAUCAACUAUCAAUCCAACAUUGCCACAAUACAGGUCACCAAGCAGACGUAAACCACAAGCAGAACAGCCAUCGACAAAAGCUGAUUUGUUCAACCAGUACGCAAAACCAGACAGAUCAGAAGGAAAAAACGACGAAUCAUUCCAACCUCAUAUUAGUACUGUUAGACCGAGAGGACCACAGUUCCAUAACACUGGGGAAGAAAAUGACGCAGAUGAUGAUGAAUUAACAGAAGAACACACGGCUACUUCUCCAGCUGAUGCAGCUAAACAAGGAUUCGAUUUCCCUUUUGUCUAUCAGACACCGAGCAGGCACAGAUCCGUACCGACUGUUGAAAUAGAAGAAAUUCUUGAAGAUUACGACGAUGUGACAACGGUUAAGCCGAAACCAACUCCUGCCACAAGAAGAGUGGUCGUCAAAGUUCGACCGAUGGCAGAAGGUAGUAGCAGAAGAAAUCCACCCGGUACUAUGCUGAUAUCGACAAACGCAGAAAACCGUAGGAAUAAAUACGUACUAGCACAAACUGUUGGAGUUCGCCGAUUAGUAAGACCAAAUGUUUUAGAUGACACAACGACCAAAGAAAUAUUAACCAGUUCCGAGAGGCCGUCCAGAAGAGCAAAAAUAGUUACUCGACCACCUGCCAUCAGAACAACUCCAACUGUAAGAUUCAGAGGUCCACCAUCCCCUAAAGAUCUGAUUGUAUUACCUACCGGAAGACCAGCAGUGCCAGCAACCACAAGGAAAUACACACGCUAUAUUGUGGAACCAAGAGAGCCAGCUUUGGCACUUUUGCCUGAUGGAUCAGUCACCUGUCUCCGAAGAGGAGUGUAUAUUCACCCCAAAGACUGUGCCAAAUUUAUUGUCUGCGUACCAGCAGAAGACAGUGACGAGUUCGAUGGAUUUAUUCACGAUUGUCCAAAGAACUCUUAUUAUAUGGAGCACAAGGGAAGGUGCCUUCCUGGUGACAGAACUGACUGCACACCGAAAGGAGCAUAAUUGUGAUACUGUGGCAAAUGAGAUGAUUGGAUCGAUUUGUAGUCAUCGUAUACCUCAUAUUGCUAUUCUCUAAACUUUUUGGAUUACAUGACAAAUUUCUUAUGCUUAAUAAAUUAGGAAGUUUGUAGUAAAAGCUUACAAGGGUACUUCUCUGAAGGAGGACGUUAAGAACAACUAAUUCUGAAUUCAAUUGUGUUACACACUAAACGUUCACUACUUAUACAAUAUAAUUUUUUUUAUUUAAAAAACACAAGCAUAAAAUUUUUUAUUAAAUUUUAAGAUAUCAGAUUAUCAAAACACAAUAAAUAUAUGAGAAAAACUACCGGCGGACAAUCCUAUAUUUCACAUGCAAGAAAAUGGCAUUUUGUUGGAGAAAUAGUUCAUAAAAUAUAAGAAAAUAUACUUAAUUUCAAGAAAAAUUAUUUUAAGUACUUUAAUUUAUUUUAUGUUAAAAUAACAGCGUGGUUUCACAUGUUUCUUUUUGAACAUGCAUUAAAACACCAAAUUGCUUGUUUAGUAAAAUAUAACUUACUAUUUAUUGCUGUCAUUUGUUAAGGAUCUUAUCAAAUAAUCAUCCUAUUUAAACUUAAUAUUCUUAUUUUUAAACAUUCAAACAUCAUUAAAGAAAGGUUUUAUUCAUUUCUCUUUUUUGCUUAAAACAUGGAGACAGUGAAUAUGAAUGUCUAAAAGUGUCCUUUUCGGUUGCAAAAAAAAAAUUUUUUUUUUAAAAAGGUAUUUAUAGAAAACUAUUGCAAUAAUUUAUGUUAAUCCCUAUCAUCAGACAGAAUUAUAAAUCAACUCUAAAACUUUUACAGUGGACUAAAUUUAAACCUAAUAGUUGAAAGAGAUUAAAGUUUAGAUCUUUGUUAUGCUCCCACUUUUUGAGUACUGCCCUUUUAUUGAAACAUUUUAACGAUGAGGAGCAUUAAAAUAAUUCAAGAUGACUAAAUCUUUAGAAACAAUUGAACACAGUUUGAAAUUAUAUGGACAUUAUAAUAAAGGAUGUGCAAUAUGGUAAAUCAUGGGAAAAAAUCUAACACUUUGAAUAAUUUUAAACUAAUAAUAUGAUUUUUGGUGAUAUAAUUGAAUUAUUGGGCACAGAUUAUCCAAUAAUUCAAGAUUAUUAUGCAUUGAAGAUUUUCGAAGAUUAUCCAUUAGGAUUUUCAGGGUUUCAAGGGGACAUGCUAAUAAAUUUCUGUCUACUUUUUAGAACUUUUUUCAACUUCGAAGCACAAAUUAAAUUUCUCUUAAGAAACAUAAUCUCUCCCCUAACAAAUUAAGAUAUAUUAUCCUAAAAUAUGGGAGUAGAUUGUAGGCUCAUAUCCAGAGGGAACCAGAUAGGACUGUGCUCCACCCAAAAGAAUCAUUUGCCCCUAAAAAGAUAUUAAGAAAAAUUUAAUUUCAUCAAUUAAAGUUAAUAUUUAUACUAAUUUUUAAUUAUUUAUAUUAAUAUAUUUUUUAUACCAUUUAAUAAAAAAUUAAGCAGUUAAAUGCUAAAUUCAUAAAAAAAUAUUUACAGAAGUUCGUUCAGCCAAUUAAGAAUGCAAUCCCCCACAAAAAUGUAAGUUCACAGUGCUCCUGAUUUCAGAUAAGUUUAAUGAGAGAAAAUACUUUUUUAAUUAAUAGUUUGAACAAAUAGUUAAGACCUUGAAGACAACCCAUUAUAGCAAAUGAUUAUUCAGAUUGUUGAUUUUGUUGCUCAUUAAAUCAGCUCUGUUACUGUUAUGGGCAAUCAGAGAUUAUUUUAAGUUAGAAAUUAAAAUUGGUUAGGUGAGACAAUAUGGACUGUUGAAAAUUACUACUUGUUUGAGAGCAUCGUUUUGUUUCCUUCAUUUUUUUAAAAAUUUAGUGAGGAUUAUUAAUAUAUUUAUACAAAACUAUUGUUAAAAAAUUGCCGUUGCGUUUAAUGAAAGUUUAUACAGUAAUGAUAAACUUUUGUGCAGUUUCACUUAUAAUUAUUUUGACCAAAACAUAGAUAGAUUCACUUUCGUAUAAAUUUAAAAUUUUAAAAACAACAUAUUUUAUUUUUGUAUAACAUAGUCAAACAAAUAUCUUAACAAUAUCUUAAGUUUUUCAUAAAUUACUUUAAAAAAUGCAUACAUUUGUGAGAAAAUAAGUUUAAUUUUACAUCUUAUUUUUAAUCUCAAACUGCCAUGCUACACUAGUUAUAAUAAUUUUAAUUAUAACAUUUAAUUUUCCACGAUUCUCGCCCACGAUUCCCAUGGAAACUUGAUGAGAAUUUGUUACAUUAACCUUUGUUUUUAAAGGAUUAGCUGAAUGUAAAUAAGUAUGGUUGUUGCUUUUUGUUUGUUUUCAGAAAAAUGGUAGCUCAAUUUUUCUGUUUACUUAGCGUAAAGUUUAGUAAAUAAAUUGGGAGGAUGUACUUUUUUGCAACAAAAAAAAAUGACAGUAUAUGUAUUAUUGUAUUUGUUAUUCAAUGUCAAAGUCUUGUCAAUUAAAAAUUUUAUUUUUAA